AUGCUUUUCGAGCGGACACCCCCCGAGCUCUGUACCACCGGCUCCUUUGCCGCCUUCCUCGACACUCCUCAAUUUCUGUCCUCAACCCUACACAUCAUCACGCUCACCGGCCUCCCGAUCCACGUGUUCGGCGCCAUGUGCAUCGUGUUCCGAACGCCCCCGCAAAUGGCGAAUAUGAAAUGGGUGAUGCUCAACUUGCACAUUUGGAGUGUCGCCCUUGACGUCACGUUCGGAUUUCUGGUCGUUCCGUUCACGUACGAACCGGUGCUCGCCGGCUACCCGUUGGGAGUGCUCGCAGAGUUCGGAGUGGACAUGAAGUAUCAGUAUUAUCUGUGCGUCGUUCUUGUCGCUGGUGAGACUUUGACUUUCUCAAACGUUUUACUAGGAGCCCCGUGGUUCGACCGCUUCCAAUUGUUGCAGGCGUGCUCGUCUCGGUGGCAGUGCUGUUCGAGACCCGUUUCUUCGUGCUCUACGCCCGUGACUCCUUCUGGCGCCACCUACGUUGUCCGUGGCUCAUCAUCAACUAUCUCAUCGCCUUCACUUUCAUGCUCCCCACUUAUUUCAUGAUUCCCGAGCAAGUCAGCGGCAAGCGCUAUCAGUUCGGACGAUAUCCGUGCAUGCCCGAUGAGGUCUACGACGAGAAGGUGUUUUUGUUGAGCACGUGGAGCAGUGCAGUCGGCUACAAUUCGAAUCUGAAUACUGCCGGCGAACAAGCGCUCGUUUUCAUGAUUCUGAUCUAUUGGAAUAUGAGAAAGUCGAUGAGCCGGAUCAAACUAUCGAAAAAGACGUUGGAAAUGCAGAGAUCCGUUCUGAGAGCACUCAUUUUGCAGGUAAACGACUAAACUGUACGUAUUUACGCCCAACUUUUCUGUCAGGUCACAAUCCCGUUGGUCAUAGUCCUCGGUCCGUUGAUCUACAAUACACUGGCCACGCUCAACUCUUACUACAAUCAGGGCGCCAACAAUUUGUCGGUUAGUGUGAUGGCCACGCACGGAAUCGUCUCCUCGUUGGCCAUGAUCUAUCUGCACAAAUCGUAUCGAGAACUGUUUUGGCGGAUAGUCUGUCCGAAAUGGACGAUGGUGGUGGUGGAUAAUAAUAGCAAAAUUUUUACGAUUUCAUGAUCACCAAACAUUUUGGUGAACGUAAAUCAAUAUAAAGUUUUGCAGCUUUACCAGUUGACCAAAAACCGAAAAAAAGAGAGGUGUUGUCAAGGAAAUGAUUAGUUUUGCCAGGUGGAACUCUGUUCCGUUUGCUCCUUUCCUUAUUUCUUUACUCAUGCGCCAGAGCCCCUGCAAUGCCAUUCUCUUCCUGGACACUCCCAACUUUUUCCGUCUCACUCUUCACUAUUUCGGCUCGAUCGCCAUCCCGAUGCACUUGUUCGGCUCCUACUGUAUCCUGUUCAAGACGCCGGUAGGGACUGAAAAGGGACCGGAGAAACCGUUUGGCUAAGCAAACGCGCUCCGCUGUACUCAGCACUUGUUAGCGUUUCUCAUUUUCAUCUCCAAAUGUGCUCCAAAGUGCAGAGUGCGGCAAAGCGCGUUUGCUCAGCCAACCGUGUCGGUUUCAGUGGCCAGCGUGUCGAUCAUCCAAAUCUUCGAGAACCGUCUGCUCGUCCUCCAACACGAAGAUCCGUGGUGGCGUCGCUUCCGUGUCCCGUGGUUUCUCUUCAAUUACCUCGUCGCUCUGCUCAUUUUCCUGCCCAGCUACCUCCUGAUUCCGGAUCAGUCCGAGGCCAAAUCCGACAUCCUCGGGAUGCUUCCGCGCACUCCCGACUACCUGGAUAUCGAUCGAAUCUUCGUUGUCUCCGCCGGCCAUCAAUACUUACUCUGGCCGGGUUUCCUUGGAUUCUGCCUGUAUACCGGUCAGAUCGGAACGUGCGCCUGCCUGAUCGAAAAGUGUUUGAGCGAGAAUUACGGGCGGAAGAUGUCGUUGAACACGCUCAAAUUGCACAGAAAGUUCCAGAAAGCUGUUCUGCUGCAGGCAUGGUUGCAAACGCGCUCUAUCGAAAAAGCAGGGCGAAUCCCGCUAAUUUUCAUUAUUUUUCUGAAAAUUUCGCCGCAAUUCGCGUGGAAAGCGUGAAAAACGACAAAAACUUCAGAAAAUUUAUCGAUUUUUUGCAGCUUGUGAUCCCGUUGAUAAUCGUCUGUCUGCCAGUGCUCUACCUCGGAUUCUCCGGCCUUUUCCGGUUCCAUUAUCAGUUUCUCAACAACAUUUCGAUCUAA